GUACUUUGUUGAUCAAGGUGUUUCAGAACGUUUUCAAAUAAGCGUACUGAUCAUGGGGGCAGCUUUUGGAAAAGUUUUAAAUUACUUAUACAUAGUUGACCAUGGUGAAGCAACAACUGAUUCUAAUCUAAAGAAAGCUAAGAUAACUUGCAUGUUAUCGUCAACUCAAAAGCCUGCAAAACCUAACCCUCAUUGGAAACACCUUGAGCUUCAGAAACCAGGUGAAGAGUUACGCAUAAGCAACCUCAAGGCUGGUGCGAAGUUCAUUCACGAAUCCAGGUGUAGUCGGGAGAAUAUCGCUGUGAUAAUGGAACCUAACAAUCAUGAAUCUGCAGCUUUUAUUGUCGCAUAUUUCUCUAUUUUAAGUGGAUUACCUGUAAAAUUAACUCGUAAAGCUGUUAUGAAAUGUAGAGAAAAAUUAGAUAUUACUAGUGAAUAUGAUUCUUUAAUUGAAUCAAUGCAAAAUUCAACCACAGCAAAAGAAUUACGUAAUGAUUUAUUCAAAGGUACAUCUGGUUAUACAGAAGAUAGAUUAAUUGAAGAUUUACGAAAAAUUUAUCAAUUAGCUGAAUUAGAUCCACCAACAUCAUCAGAAAUUUAUUUAGAAACACGACGUGAAAGUAUAAAAUUAGAAUCAACAACACAAAAUUCAUCUAAUCCAAUUUUUAAACGUUUAUCAAUUGAUAAAAAUAAACAAGAAUCACCUAAUGAAAUCAAUAUUAGUUCAUCUAAUCUACGUGAUAAAACACCAGAAGUAAUUGUAAAUGAAUAUGAUAAUAAUAAUAAUAAUAAUAAUAAUAAUAAUAAUAACAAUAUUAAACAAGAUCAAUUGAUGAAUACUUCAAUAAAUUCUUCAAUGAUUACACCACAUCAUUUAACUGAUCAUAAUAAUUCUAUAUUAAAUGAUGCUAAACAUGAUCUACAUCAAAUUGAUCAAGUUAAUAAUAAUACAAUUCAAAAUGGUACUAAACAAACUUCAUUUAAUCAUGAUAAAGAGAUUAAAACAAAAUUACCAGAUCCAUUAUAUAAUACUAAUAUAAAUACUACCAAUACAAUAAAUUCUCAAUCAUUCAUUAAUAAUUAUGAAAUUAAUCAUUCUAAUAGUAUGAAUAAAUUAAAAACUACAAAAGUAACAAUUAGUUAUGCUUUAUCACAUGAAUCAACAGAAGCUGAUGCUGUUGAACAAUAUUUAAAUAGUACUAGUGCAGAUGAACGUGAUAGAUUACGUAAACGUGUAAUAAUUACACAUGCUUAUUCAAAAGUUGAUAAUUCAAUGGAUCUUAUAUAGAUAGAAAAUUGAUCAUUCAAUUCAUCAAUUGAACAUUUUAAAAAAACAACAUACUACAUAUCAUCCAUCAUACGUAAUUUUUUUUCUUUUUUUAAAAAAAGUUCUCUUUUUUUCCCUUUUUUCUUUUUUUCUUUAUAAACAAAAAUAAACCCAUAUAUAUGAUUAGUGUCGUUAAUAUUUAUAUUUAUGAUUAAAAAAAAAUUAUCUUCAUUUCUUGUUAUGAACUAAUUCAGUUUCUAUAUCUUUUCAUAUUUAUUCUUAUUGUUACUAUGACGAUUAUGAUUAACGGCAUGUUUCUUUUUUUUUCUCGAAAAAAAGAAGAAACAAGUAUUUCUAUCGAUCAAUACAAAUUUGUUUUAAUCGUUCAAAUAUUUUAUGUUACACUUUUUUUUAUAAAAAAAAAAAGAAAAAGCAAAGAAAACGCAACAUCCAUAUUUGAAAAGUUUGUUUUUGUUAAAAAUGAUAAUUAUUACAACCAAAAAAAAGUGAAAUUAUUUUUCAAAGUUAACACUAUGGUUACUUUUUUAAAAGGAAACCUUAUGAAUUACAGGAAUAUU